UUCUCUGCUGCUGUUUGCGCUCGCCUUGCAAGCCCUCCAUCCUUCCCUGCAUCCCUGCAUCCUCUCCAUCCUUUUCCAGCCUCCUUAGGCGACAAGGGCUGGACCAAGCCAUCCUCCAUCCUUCCUCCUCCAUCCUCCCCUCCUCCUCCUCCUCCUCCUUCCUCUCCUAUUGUCUCUGGAGCCGCCUUUGCAGCCUGGGAGUGAGGCCACUGCCUCAUCCUCAUCCUCUUCCUCCUCCAAAAGCCUUGGACCACACAGGCCAGGGCCAUUGAUGAUGCACACUCCAGACUGAACUUGAACCCGGAGCAGCUGAAGAAGGGAGGCAAGCUGCUCCGGGCGUCGACCAGAGACGGCCUCUGGAGGAUUAUUAAGAUCUGGGAACGUCUGGAGGCCACAACACUCUCUCGCCCUCGGAGAAAAUCUGUGCCGCUUGUCUCAACCCAGCGCUCGACGGAGGAAGAUGCUGUGAAAGAGCAUCCCUGGGUUUUUGGGGAGGGGGGACGGGGGAGAUUGAAGGACCUUCCAGCUUUGGAUAGUGGCACGUUUCGACUUGAGAGCCCCCUCCCCGCACCGGGUGGUCUUCGUGGGACCCUCACGUUUGGCGAAAGGGACCCUUGGUGCAUCCAGAUUGUCCAGUCCUUGCGGGACCCUCACCUUUGAAGAAAGUGAGCCUUGGCAUCCCCAGAUUGUGGCCCGUCCUGCCCGCCUCCCUCCCUCCCUGCAGCACAUCCCUUUUGUCUCAUGUGGGUUUAAAAGGGUGCCAAGGAAGGGGGCAUUGCCGGCCUCCUGGUGAGAGCGGAGGAGGGACUUGCCAUGGCGAAGCUGGCGCGUUUGCUGUUGCCCGUGGUGCUCCUGGUGGUGUUGAUGCUGGGCCCGGGAGCGGGUGGCGCGGCCUUGGAGUUCAGCGGCACGACCGGGCAGUGGGCGCGUUACGCCCGGUGGGAUGCCAGCUCCUUGGGGGAGCUGAGCUUCAGCCUCAAGACCAACGUCUCCCGGGCCUUGGUGCUGUACUUGGAUGACGGCGGGAACUGUGAUUUCCUGGAGCUGCUGAUUUUGGAAGGGCGCUUCCGCCUGCGCUUCACCAUCUCUUGCGCCGAGCCAGCCAGCCUGCAUUUGGAGACGCCGGUCAACGACGACCGUUGGCACAUGCUGCUCUUGACGCGCAACUACAGGGAAACCAUGCUGGUGGUGGACGGCGAGGCCCGGGUGGCGGAGGUGAAGUCCAAGCGGCGCGACAUGACGGUGGAGAGCGAUCUCUUCGUGGGCGGCAUCCCUCCGGACGUCCGCCUCUCGGCCCUCACCCUCAGCACUGUCAAGUAUGAGAUGCCUUUCCGGGGGAUCGUGGCCAACCUCAAGGUGGGCGACAUGCCCCCUGCUCUGCUGGGCAGCCAGGGCAUUCGCAGCGACAUGGAGUACCUGUGUGCCAAGCAGAACCCCUGCGUCAAUGGUGGGAUCUGCACCGUAGUCAACAGCGAGGUGCAAUGCGACUGCAGCCUCACCGGCUUCCAGGGGAAGUUUUGCAGUGAAGAAGAACUCACGAUGGAAGGUCCGGCUCACCUGACGCUAAACAGCCAAGGAGGGUCCCUACUCUACUCAGAAGGGGGAGCAGGGAGAGGAACCAGUGAGGUGCACCAGACAUCCAAAGGGAAAGAAGAGUUUGUGGCGACGUUCAAGGGGAAUGAGUUCUUCUGCUACGACCUGUCGCACAACCCCAUCCAAAGCAGCACCGACGAGAUCACCCUCUCCUUCCGCACCCUGCAGCGCAACGGCCUGAUGCUCCACACGGGCAAGUCGGCAGACUAUGUCAACCUCUCGCUCAAGAGCGGCGCCGUCUGGCUGGUCAUCAACCUGGGCUCGGGGGCGUUCGAGGCGCUGGUGGAACCCGUCAAUGGCAAGUUUAAUGACAACAACUGGCACGACAUCCGUGUGACCAGAAACCUGCGCCAGCACGCAGGAAUUGGACACGCUAUGGUGACUAUCUCCGUGGAUGGGAUCCUCACCACGACCGGCUACACGCAAGAGGACUACACCAUGCUGGGCUCGGACGACUUCUUCUACAUAGGGGGAAGCCCCAACACAGCUGACCUGCCGGGGUCCCCUGUCAGCAACAAUUUCAUGGGAUGCCUCAAGGAUGUGGUCUACAAGAACAAUGACUUCAAGCUCGAACUCUCCCGCCUGGCCAAAGAAGGCGACCCCAAGAUGAAGAUCAACGGCGACCUGGUCUUCCGCUGCGAGAACGUCGCGGCCCUGGACCCGGUCACCUUUGAGUCUCCCGAAGCUUACAUCUCUCUGCCCAAGUGGAACACCAAGAAGACGGGCUCCAUCUCCUUCGAUUUCCGCACGACGGAGCCCAAUGGGCUGCUGCUUUUCAGCCACGGCAGGUUGCAGCCUCCCAAAGAAGGCCGGUCCGAGCGUCUCCACAAGGCUGACUACUUUGCAAUGGAGCUUCUCGACGGCUACCUAUACUUGCUGCUGGACAUGGGCUCAGGCGGCAUCAAAAUGCGGGCCAGCAGUAAGAAAGUGAAUGAUGGCGAGUGGUGCCACGUGGACUUCCAGCGCGAUGGUCGCAAAGGGUCCAUCUCUGUGAACAGCCGGAGCACCCCGUUCCUGGCCAGUGGGGAGAGUGAGAUCUUGGAUCUGGACAGUGAGAUGUAUCUGGGGGGGCUCCCUGAGAACCGCCUGGACCUCAUCUUGCCCCCGGAAGUGUGGACGGCCUUCUUGAACUAUGGCUAUGUAGGCUGUGUUCGGGACCUCUUCAUUGACGGCAAGAGCCGCGAUGUGCGCCGCCUGGCCGAGGUGCAGAGCGUGGCCGGCGUCUCCAGCUUCUGCUCCCGGGAGACCCUCAAGCAGUGCAGCAGCUCUCCCUGCCGCAACGGGGGGCUCUGCCGGGAGGGCUGGAACCGAUUUAUCUGUGACUGUGUGGGCACCGGCUACCUGGGACGGCUGUGUGAAAGAGAGGCCACGGUGCUGAGCUACGAUGGGAGCAUGUACAUGAAGAUAAUGCUGCCAACGGUCAUGCACACGGAGGCCGAAGACGUGUCCCUCCGCUUCAUGUCCCAACGGGCGUACGGGUUCAUGAUGGCCACCACUUCCAAGGAGUCGGCCGACACACUCCGCCUAGAGCUGGACGGGGGCCAGAUGAAGCUCACGGUCAACCUAGACUGUGUCAGGAUAGGCUGUAACCCCAGUAAAGGCCCCGAGACCCUUUUCGCUGGCCAAAAGCUCAACGACAACGAGUGGCACACGGUCCGCGUAGUGCGGCGGGGGAAGAACCUGCAGCUCUCGGUGGACAAUGUCACAGUGGAAGCAGGGCAGAUGGCCGGUGCCCACACCCGCCUGGAGUUCCACAACAUCGAGACGGGCAUCAUGACGGAGCGCCGCUUCAUCUCGGUGGUGCCGUCCAACUUCAUCGGCCACCUGAGCAGCCUGAUCUUCAACGGCUUGCCGUACAUGGACCUCUGCAAGAACGGGGACAUCAGCUACUGCGAGCUGAACGCCCGCUUCGGCCUGCGCAGCAUCAUCGCCGACCCCGUCACCUUCAAGAGCAAAGCCAGCUACCUGGCGCUGGCCACGCUCCAAGCCUACGCCUCGAUGCACCUCUUCUUCCAGUUCAAGACCACGGCCACCGAUGGGCUCAUCCUCUUCAACAGCGGCAACGGCAACGACUUCAUUGUGGUGGAGCUUGUCAAGGGGUACAUCCACUACGUUUUCGACCUGGGCAACGGACCGUCGCUGAUGAAGGGGAAUUCAGACAAGCCGGUCAACGACAACCAGUGGCACAACGUCAUCGUGUCCCGCGACACCAACAACGUGCACACGCUCAAAAUCGACUCCCGCACGGUCACACAGCACUCCAAUGGCGCCCGCAACCUGGACCUCAAAGGGGAGCUGUACAUCGGAGGCCUGAGCAGAAACAUGUUCAGCAACUUGCCCAAGCUGGUGGCCUCGCGGGACGGCUUCCAGGGCUGCCUGGCCUCCGUGGACCUCAACGGCCGACUCCCAGACCUCAUCGCCGACGCCCUGCACCGGAUCGGGCAUGUUGAGAGGGGCUGUGAUGGUCCCAGCACCACCUGCACGGAGGACUCCUGCGCCAACCAGGGCGUCUGCCUUCAACAGUGGGACGGCUACACGUGCGAUUGCACCAUGACCUCAUACGGCGGCCCGGUGUGCAAUGACCCUGGCACGACGUACAUUUUUGGGAAGGGCGGGGCGCUGAUCACGUACACCUGGCCCCCCAAUGACCGCCCGAGCACGCGGGCCGACCGCCUGGCCGUGGGCUUCAGCACGCAUCAGAAGAACGCCAUUCUGGUGCGGGUGGACAGCGCAUCCGGGCUUGGCGACUACCUGCAGCUGCACAUAGACCAGGGGACCGUCGGGGUCAUUUUCAACGUGGGCACGGAUGACAUCACCAUCGAGGAGAGCAACGCCAUGGUGAACGACGGCAAGUACCACGUGGUGCGCUUCACCCGGAGUGGUGGCAACGCAACGCUGCAGGUGGACAACUGGCCGAUCAAUGAGCGGUACCCCGCAGGGAACAGUGAUAAUGAGCGACUGGCGAUUGCUAGACAGAGAAUUCCGUAUCGGCUCGGUCGAGUAGUAGAUGAGUGGCUACUCGACAAAGGUCGCCAGCUGACCAUCUUUAACAGCCAAGCCGCCAUCAAGAUUGGAGGCCGGGACCAAGGCCGUCCGUUCCAGGGGCAGAUCUCAGGACUGUACUACAAUGGCCUGAAAGUCCUGUCCCUGGCAGCCGAGAGCGACCCCAACGUGAAGGUGGAGGGGAACCUGCGGCUGGUGGGCGAGGUGCCCUCCGUCAUGACCACGGAGACCACGGCCACUACCCUGCUGGCAGACAUGUCCACCACCAUCAUGGAGACCACCACCACCAUGGCCACCACCACCACGCGGCGCGGCCGCUCUCCCACCAUGCGCGACAGCGUCACCCAGAACACAGAUGACCUCCUAGUAGCUUCGGCCGAGUGCCCCAGCGACGACGAAGACUUGGAAGAGUGCGAGCCGAGCACAGGAGGUGAAUUAGUAUUGCCCAUAAUAACCGAAGACUCACUAGACACCCCUCCAAUUGCCACCCGGUCUCCAUUCAUCCCCCCACCUCCCACCUUUGGCCCCUUCCUAACCGUAGUCGAGACCACCAAAGACACCCUUUCCCCGCCAUCCCACCCGAGACCCCCCUGCCUGGCUGACCAAGACGACAGUGACUGCGAAGAGGGGAUCGAGGCCUCCGGCUAUGCCUCCGGCGAGGUCUUCGACUCCAGCCUCCCCCCUACCGACGACGAAGAUUUUUACACCACUUUCCCCCUGGUCACCGAUAGGACCCUAAUUGGCCGGCCUGAAGGAGCGUCCAAAAAAGCCCAAGGAUACCGCCCCAACCUUAGGACAGGACUGCCGGCUUCGCCCUCCGUCCCCGACCUCCUGACUUCCACCACCUCUCCCAACCUGGUCCGUAACAUCCCCGCCGGCAAAAUGAACAACCGGGAGCCCCUCAAACCCUACCCAGAACAGUACCCCCCACUCUCCACCUCCUUUGAACCUGACAAGCUAAACAGGCUUAAGUACCCAGGUAUAACCUCUUCCCCCAAUUUCCACAAUCUGCCCACAGUGAACCCGACCGGCCCCGGGGAAAGAGGACCCCCUGGAGCAGUGGAGGUCAUCCGGGAGUCCAGCAGCACGACUGGCAUGGUGGUGGGCAUCGUGGCGGCGGCUGCCCUCUGCAUCCUCAUCCUCCUCUAUGCCAUGUACAAAUACCGCAACCGGGAUGAAGGCUCCUACCAGGUGGACCAGAGCCGGAACUACAUCAGUAACUCGGCACAGAGCAAUGGCACGGUGGUCAAGGAGAAGCCGGCCGCUGCCACGAAAACGCCCAGCAAGAGCAAGAAAAACAAAGACAAGGAAUAUUAUGUCUGAGCCCCCUUUCCCCCCUUAUUUCCCCUUCCCGCCCACCCACCCACCCAAAACAAAAAAAAUUACAUCCCCGCGUGUGCCUGAGAGACUGACACCCGACUGACACACACGGUGACACCACCACCCAGACCUGCCGCACCCCCUAAACUCUGGAAAGGGGGACCACCGCCCCGAUCGCAUCCUUUCCUUUCCUCAUACGAAAGAGGCCAGCUGGUGGCAACCUCCAUUCCUCUUUGGUUUGGUCAUCCGUCUUUUACUUUAGUUGCCCUUCCCUUGCAAAAAAUAAUAAUGAAAUUAUAUAUAUAUAUAUAUAUAUAUAUAUAUAUAUAUAUAUAUAUAUUGAAACAAGGCAAUGAGUGCACAGGGCCUACCUCCCCCCCGUGUCCCACCCUGACGAUUGAGUUGUGUAGGGGCAUUGUCGUUGUCAUUGUCCCUUAGGCAAACGAAAGGGAAGCAAAGCCAACCGAAACGAAACACACAAAAAGUGGCACGACCACCAUCACCACGUCACCAUCCCCGUGUGCGUUGGCCUGAAGAGAGGGAUGGAUGGAUGGAUGCUCGGAAGAAGGAGGAUUAAAGCGGGGAGGGUGGGAUUGUGGUGCCAGGCUUCCGGAUGAGGCCAUAGUUGUGACGUACCGCGUGCGACGCACGAGAGUCCGUCGCCCCUCUUUGCAAGGGGCCGGGGUACUUUUUGAUCCGGAAAGAAAACAAAAACGGGGGAGCUCCACUCCUCUUGCCUCAUUCCCUGCAGCUCCCCGGCACUGUGCUCCGAAACGGAGAAUCCUAAACUGGAGCCUAAAAAAAGGCUGCCCAAACCAUUGCUCUCUGCAGAACCCUAAAAGGACCCGGGGGGGGGGAGAGGAAGGCCGCCCCCCUUCCCCAUCGCCCCAUUCUCUCCGAAUUAUCACAAGCAAAGGGGUCCCUCCUUUCUAAAGAUUUCCCCCCUUCUCUUUCUCUCUCUCUCUUUCUCUCUAUUCUCGCUCUCUCUUCGUCAAUGUGUCGGAGUCUUGGAAAUGUGUGGAAUAAAAACAAACGAGUUUUUUUAAAAUGAAAUACUACUAAUUAUAUCAUAAAGCAGGUAACGUGGGUUUUGCUUGCGCUGUCGGCCCGGAAGGAUGCUCCCGCGUCCGACGGCGAACCAAUAUCCUGUCUUGUCAUUUGUAAUAAAAUAACUAAUAAGAGGGAGGGAGUAAAAUCGAGGGUUUUUUUGGUUUUUUAAGACAAAAAAAAGUUGGACGCCCAAGGAACGGAGAGCGGUUUCGGGGUGCCUUGCUAUGUGCGGAGGGGAUGUGCGACGAAAUAAUUUGCUUGGGUUUUCUUUUACAGGGGUCCAGGUGCACCAUUCUCUAAUCCUUUCCAUGCCCUCCCAUAUCUCUCUCUCCCCCGGAUCAAGGUGCUAUUACGUGGUUUUUCUUUAAACUGUGUUCAAAGUAUGUCCAACUUGAGUCGACUUUUAAUUUCAUUUUGCUUUGUCGACGUGUGUUUGUGGGGGGUUUUAAGAAAACAAAAGGAUGCACAGAUGCCAAUCGUGAAAAAGGUCCUAAAUCCAUGGGCCGUUUCCCAAAGGGCCAAUUUGGGCACGAAGGGCUGAAUGUGUCUCCCGGGCGUUAUGUGCAAGUGAGCCGUCGUUGUGAUGUCUCCCCUCUUUUCUUCUCUGCAGCUGCCUUCUCGUUCUUCCAUUAAUAAUAAUAAUUCUAAUAAGCCGAGAGGAAGCCAUAGAUAACUCUAUACGGAGAUCUAUCUAUAAAUGCAUAUAGGUAUAUAUAGAGAGAGACUAUAGAUAAAGAUAUAUAAGGAUAUAAAAAGUAUAUGUAAUAUAUGGAGAGUUUUAAGUACAGCCCUGGGAGAGAGGGUCGGGAGGAAGGUUCCUUGGAGGACACCUGGGUUUCUGACUUUUGGCACCAUGGAAAGGGAGGAAGGGAAAUGGAGGCUGGAUCCACACAAAAAAAAUAAUCCAGUUUGACACCACUUUUCGUUCCCAUGGCUGAAUGCCGUGGAAGUCCAGGAUUCGUAAUUUUGUGAAGUAUUUAGUCUUCUCUGUUGUAGCGCUCCAGUGCCAUAACAAACUCCAAAGCCCAAGGUUCCCUGGCAUUGAGGCAUAGCCAUUGAAGUGUCAAACUGGAUUAUUUCUGCCGUGCGCAUCUUCAGUCCAUGCCUCCGAGAGGCAGCUUUUGGAGAGGCAGAGUGGAAUCCUGGUACCAUGCUGCACAACUGGAGGUUGCAAGGAGGAAAUAGGUUGUGAGUCCGAAAGGAACCACGGCGGUGGAGAAACCAGCGGCUUGGAGCUGGCAGAUUUGGUCUGCCUUGCCUAAUAUAUUGUGCACUUCAGUUGGCCAAUAAAGGUAUCACUGUUUGGUGGAUUUUUGCUUGAAUUUGCCUAACCACUGUUAUGCAAUUGUGCAACCAUGAGUUGACUGCUCCAAUUGUGCAUCCAUGGGCUCCUGGCAUAACGCAGCAAGAGGAUUCUAGUUUGGAAAGCAGCAAAGUGCCAGUAGCAUAUUUUUCCAUCAUAGGGAUGCAGGGUGACCCACUGUUUUGCUUCUGAGCCCCUGGUGCCUCUUACCUCUUGGCCGCAGAGGAGGCAAGCAUCAAUCCACUGACAAGUGCCCUUAGUGUGCCAGGGCCUCCUGUGUCUCACGCAUGGCAUUGCAAAGCUGGAGCUCGCUUAGACGAUAGGGGCGUCUUUAGCCACCUUAGUCCUGCAUGAAUGAAAAGCAGAAUAUUAAUUGAUUCAUUGACCUGCCACCAACCUGCAAGUGUGUCUGAGAGGUUGGGUGCUUGUGUUAUGAGUGUGUACAGAGAGAUAUUGCAAAGAUAAGAGCUUGGGAGUCAUGAAAGGGGUGCAGAGAAGGAGCCAGGCAGAGCUGACCCUUACUGCAGCACCAGAUUUUUGGAGAGGGCCAAGAGUGUGCAUCCUCCUCCUCCUCCUUUUUUGUGCAGGAAAGAGCAUUUUCUAUGCAGAAAUUGAGAUGAUGCUGGUUUCCGCGCAGAAUGCACCAUGGAACCAGUAUCAUCAUCAUCAAAACCCAGUGUGGCCAUUUUGCGCAGAAGAAGUCCCCAAGUGUGACUCCAAAAAUCUGGAUGUUUCUCAGUGCAGAAAGAAAAUGGCAAACAUAACUUGUUUCUUCCUUUGAGACGUGAAAAGUUCGCCCUUCCUUCCUUCCUUCCUUCCUUCCUUCCUUCCUUCCUUCCUUCCUAAGUGAGAACCUUGGCUUUGCCACCUGAGCGUUCAAAACACAGAGAGACUGAGAUUUAUACAUUUUUAAGGGGAAAGAGUCACAGUCCAAUGCUCAAACCCUGACACCAAACUGAAAUGCCCCUCCCUAAACUGCAGAUCCCAGGUUGAAGUGGAUCCCAGAUUGAAGUGUUGCAUUUACAUCUCUUGUCUACAUUUCUGGAUCUGCAUGGGAUGCUGUGCAAAUCUUAGGCAAACCGAGGUCUCUGUCUUGUUCUUUUGGGCCACUCUUCCUUUGCGACGGGGAGCAGAAAGGGGCAGAGGUAAUAUGUGGAUGGUUGAAUCCAUAGUUCAAAUAUCUCUGGAUACGGAGGGACGACUGCACUGGUGGGACUUGUUACCUUGUAUGGAACGGCAGAUUUGGUUCAGAUUUGGUCGUGUUUGCAAUACAAAUCAAUGUCGCCCAAAUUGGUCAUGAUUAAAAUCCCGUCAAUUCCAGCAAGGCUUAACCUAAAUAUGGCAAAGUCGGGAUCCAACCCUAUGAAAUACAGUAAAAAGGGGAGGGGGACCCUUCGGACUUGAGACCAUUUGCAGCAUUUCUCAACCUGCAUUUUUAAAAUGUGCUUUGCUUUCUGAAUUCUGCUUCCAAAGGUCAUUUAUAAGUUAGGUGCCUUUAGAACCCUUUCAACUUGCUGACUAGUUUUCCCUGAGCCAUUUCUUUCUCUCAGUCUGUGCCAUGUGACCUCUCCUACCUUUUCCCUUUGCUGCCCUUUGGGGGUGAUGGGCAUGCUGCCCCAUAUCCAUGCCAUAGCCUGGACAUGGCAUGGAGAGGAAGGGUGCCAUGUUGUCCUUUGCCAGAGGCAAAACAUAAUAAUUUCCUUUCUCUCUGAGGAGUUUUGACUAGCCCAGCUGUAUGCAGAGCAGGGCCUUGGCACAACUGGCCCCACUUGCUUGGCAAAGAUCAAUGCCAGUCUCUAUAUUACAAAGCACAAAAUGGAUGCUUUGAGGUGGCAAUUCUCCAUCUUGUCCAAGCUCCGCUUCCCCUUCUUGUCUGCACUACAGAAUUAUAACAGUUCUAUACCUCUUUAACUGCCAUGGCUCCAUCCUGUGGGAUCCUGGGAUCUUGUGCCAGAGACCUCUAGGUCCUUACCAAACCGCAGACCCCAAGGCUCCAUAGAAUGGAGCCAGUUAAAAGUGGUAUCAAAGUGCUAUAAUAUGUUGGUGCAAAAUAAACCACAGUACCAAUGUCUUUCUUUGCUGCGCAUGAGUGUGUGCAUGUGUGUGUGUGUAAGAGAGAGAAAAUGACUAUGUGUGUACAGUGCCUAGCGGUCUCUUGUCAGUGCUAUAAAGGACAUUCAGUCAUCAUCUCUUUGAAUGUCGCCUUUUCCAUCCAAACGUAUAUCUGUCCCUUUGCGCAACUUAGACAACCUUUCACAAAGGACAUUUGGCCCAUUGAUGUGGCAGACAGAGUUUGAAGGAGCUACUUUGGGCUUUUAUGGGAACUCUGAAUGCCACCGAUGGGCUGAAUUGCAAAUAUCCGGGGAAGUAUCUUGGUUCGAUCGACACAUAUCAUCCCCUUCUCCCAAAAACCCACACGCAACCCAAAACCAAAUGUUUCUGUUGCCUCCAGCUUUCUUCAUUUCAGCCCAUGGGAGAUCAAGGGCGCGCAUGUAUCCAUUCCAUAUUUCAGUCCUGGUGAACUCCAAGGUGUAGCUAUUUGGGGAAUACAAACACCUUGGGCAGGUCCUUCAAAGUUCAGAUGAUGGUGGUGAUGGUGGUACCUUCACAACCUAUUUAGGGGAAACCAAGUCUUCUAAAAACCCUCUCCCAACCCAAGAGUGUCCCAAUGUAUUAGUUGCAACACCCAAGCUGGGUGGGGAUGAGGGGAGAUGUAGUCCAACUCGUGUAGAAGUCGUUGGGUUGGGGAAGGCUGUUGUUGGAGAGGCGUGGCGAUCAAUUGAUGCUUUUCGCUUCUCCAUCGAAGGUUGUUGUUGGUUUCCCCAACUUUUCAUAUCUUAAGGCCCACCCAUGAGUCUACCAUUAGAGAACUAAGAGGCCCGUUUUGCCUAAGAACAUUUCUGUGUUUACAGACAUGCCGUUACUACACUGUGCUUCUCAUUUACGGGAAGCUCUUGGCCGGGAAACUGUUGCGGGGUUAAUAAGUGGAGUUGCAUCUGCAAGAGUUAGAACUGAGCAUUGCUGUAAUGUCCUUAUCCAAUAACUGCUGUUAAGUUACUAAUAAGGGAGGCCAAAGAUGGCACCAGUGCGCAAUGGGACUGGCGUACAUCGGGGCCAAUGCACAUCAGUCCCAUUGUGCGUCGGUCUCAUCAUGCAUUGAAUAGAAUAGUUAUAGUUAUAGUUGUAAAAGGGACAUAUAGUUAUAGUUAUAGUUGGAAGGGACCACAAGGGACAUCUAAUGCAAACCCCCAGUUUGCCAUGCAGGAACUCAUAAUAAAAGCAUCCCUGACAGACGACCAUCCAGCCUCUGUUUAAAAACCUCC